AUGGUAUCAUUGCGCAAGAUAUCGAUUCUGCUGGCUGCCAUACCGGCGUCCCAAGCCAUUGCCGUUGACCACAAUCCUUCUUGUCGCUGUCGCCCUCACGAAAAAUGCUGGCCGUCGAACAGAAAUUGGGAUGCCCUCAAUUCUACCAUCAAAGGCAAUCUACAAGCCGUUCGUCCCGUUGCAGCACCAUGUUUUAGGCCAUCUCCCAACACCGCUCUGUGCACCACGGCCGAGCACAACUCCAACAAUUCUGUUUGGCGAUCCGCCCAUCCUGGUGCUGUCCAAUGGACAAACUGGGAGGCAUGGCCAGAGCAAAACCAGAGUUGCUACUUUGAUCAACCUCAGGAUGUGCCUUGCAGACAGGGCCGCGUAUCUUUGUACUCAGCCCUCGUGGAGAAUGCACAACAGAUACAAGCCGCUGUUCGCUUUGCAGCCAAGUACAACCUUCGACUGGCUAUCAAGAACUCUGGCCAUUGCUUCUUGGGGCGUUCAACUGCACCAGAGUCUCUGCAGAUAUCGACUAAUAAGAUGAAGAGUAUGAAAUUUACAGACAAAUUCGUUCCAGAGGGUGCACCCAGCUGUGACUCAAAGUCCUUUGGUUCUGCUGUGACUAUAGGCGCUGGAGUCCAGCUGAAGGAAUUGUAUGAGGCGACCACGAAACACAAUGUGACCGUUGUUGCUGGACUGUCACAUACAGUCGGUGCAGCCGGUGGUUACAUCCAAGGCGGAGGACAUUCACCGCUGGGGAAUUGGAAAGGGAUGGCUUCUGAUAACGCAUUGGAAUUCAAGGUUGUCAACGCCAAGGCAAGUUCUCCUGGCGAGCUGCUUACUGCCAACAACUACAAGAACAAGGACCUCUUCUGGGCGCUCCGCGGAGGAGGAGGCGGCACGUUCGGCGUGGUCGUCAGUGUCACUAUUCGCACAUUCCCAGACGUACCCAGUGGUCUUGUGGUGCUCGGCUUCGGUACUCUCGCAACCAACUUAUCUGCAUACUGGGAGAUGGUUAGGGCCUUCCACACUCACCUCCCAUCUGUUUCUGCAGCCGGAGGAGCGGGCUACUACACCAUCAGCCCAAAGCCAACAGACCUCAAUGGCACACAGAUACUCCUAAUAACAGGGGCAUUCGGAUUCGUCAACGAGACAAAUAAGGCGGUCAUUGAAAAGGCCAUGGCGCCCAUGGUGGCAGAAGUCAAUAAAUAUGCUGCCCCAGGAUCAGUCCACAACAUCUCCAUGAUCCCCCGAGUCUCAGACUUCAUCCUCGGCGCACUCCCAGAUGCGGCCGACGUCACAGGCGGCAUCCUCACGCUCGGCUCCCGCCUAGUUUCUCGAGAUUUCCUUCUCUCCAAAGACGGCCCAACACGUCUCACAAACGCGCUUAGGGAUAUUUCCAAGUUGUCACCCACCGUCGGAUACACAGGCCACGUCGUGGCUGGCGGAGCAGCUGCCGACAAGACCAUCGACUCAGCUGUCAAUCCUGCCUGGCGGAAGACCCUCACCCAUAUUGCGUUUGGGGCAGAUUGGAAUAGCACUACGUCUGCAAAGGAGCAAAAGGCUAUCCAGGAGGAAAUGACGAAUAUCAAAGUAGAAAAGCUGCGAGUGCUGGAGCCGGACAUGGGUGCUUACUUGAACGAAGCUGAUGCCAACGAGAAGGACUUUCAGAAAUCCUUUUGGGGCGCCAACUACAAGAAGCUGUAUCGGGUGAAGCAGACUGUUGAUCCGGAUAAUUUGUUCAUUGCGCGGAAGGGGGUUGGAAGUGAGGACUGGGAUGACGCGGGUUUGUGUAGGAGGAUGACGAAGAAGAUGGUGCAGCAGUAUUAG